AUGAAAUCCGAAAUAAUAAAAUGUGGAAUCUGUAACGAAGCUGAAAGUAGAUACAAAUGUCCAAAAUGUGGUAUUCGAUAUUGUUCCUUAUCCUGCUUCAAAAAUGAAGAGAAACACAAGCAUAUCGAAACCGCAACCCCUGAAGAAAAAGAUAACAUUGGAGGUGCUAGUGAAGGGAUGAAACCGUCCAAAGUUGGAAUGGAGAGAGCAGUGCUUAAGAAUGAUGAGUUAAAUCAAAUAUACCAGGAAACACCUGAGUUGCAAGAAUUGUUGCAAUACAAUACGGUAAAAUUUCAUCUAGCAAAAGUAUAUAAGAUUUUAAAUUCAAAUACCACAGAUGGUGACUCCAAUAUGAAUACUGAAGUAAAAGAGCAACUAGCUAUCGAUUAUCUAAACACUUUGCGUUAUGGAGGAAUUCACUACAAUGAAGCGAUCGAGGAAUUUUGUCAAACCUGCCUGAGUAAACUAGAAAAUAGAAGCUCUCUAAAUACUUGA